AUGAGGGAGGAAGAGCGUCUGCUACGCAAGCAGCAGAUGUAUGACGACCUCGACACACUUCAAGCCGAUGACGACGCUCCAGAUACAGGGCGCAAGACAUCGAACUCGAAGUGGAAAGUCUCGAAGAAUGAGAAGCCCAUCGCAGUGGAGCGACCGACUGCAGCGCGGACAUUCGCACGGUCACUGUCUGAUAGCACGGUAAGCGCAAAGGCGCAGAACAAAGUCAUUCCUGACGUGCUGCUUCCACCAUCAUCGACAGAUCCACUGAGACGUACACAAAAUCAGCUGGCUAGUCUACCCACGCUCAGAAAGACCGUCUCUGACUUCCCCAAAGCGUCGGCUGCAUCCAAACUCAACGGUAAGCGCAAACGCGACAGUUUCAUUUUGCAGGUACCCGAGGAACAGCGAGUCUUCAGGAACUUGCACAUAUUCUUUUUUCCGAAUAACGAUGUACAUCCUGCACGCCGCAUGAGGAUUGCGAAAGCCGUGGAGCAUGGCGCUGUCUGGGAAAAGGACUGGUCUGCAAGAGUCAGUCAUGUCGUCUUGGAUAAUACAAUGGACCUGAAUCAUCUUCAUACUUUCCUCGGCUUGGAACAACUACCUGAUCGUGUGAUCGUGGUCACCGAGCAAUACGCCGCGGAGUGUCUGUGCUUCAAGACCUUGCUGGAUCCCUUGCAGGCUCGCUUUGCCGUCAAAGGCCACUUGCCGGCAGGGCUGAAGAAAGCGGAUUCUACAGACUCCGACGCGUCUCUACAGCUCAAGCCGGCUGGCAAAGACGUUCAGGUCCGUCAGGUGAAGACGCCAUCUAUGGAGAGGCCAGUGGAAGCUGUGCCAGCAACCAUAGUUUCUACAGCGGAAGAUGCAGAAGACGAUGCAGAAGACGAUGCAGAAGAGUCAGACCGAGUGCCAAACACUUCCGGGGUGCCCGUCGACAAUGACCUCGACGACGCCAUCAAGAAGGCGAGAGAGCUGCAGCAUGUGCCACUCGAUGACGAAGAAGGAGAAGAUGCCAGUGGCAGACCAGCCACUUCCGAAGGCAUGGUAUCAGGCGACGAGGAGCCCAAGACCGGACUGAAGCUCCUUCCGAAGAAGAAGUCCAAGUAUCACCGAGUACAGGACAAGUUCCAAUGCAUGCAGAAGCAUACGGGUGACAGAUCUGAAACGGAAAAUUCUGCUGUUAUCAAUAUUCUCCAGCAAAUGGCGGUCUACUACGGCCAGAUGGGCGACGAAUGGCGCAUCAGAGCUUAUCGAAAUGCCAUAUCGAGCUUGCGCAAUCACCCAGUGAAAGUCACGACUAGAGAACAGGCUCUGGCUUUGCCGAACAUCGGUGAACGCUUGGCCACCAAGAUCGAGGAGAUUGCUUUCACAAAUCGUCUGAGAAGACUGGACAACGCCAAGGCGGAACCGAACGAUCAAGUGUUGCAGACAUUCAUGGGUGUAUACGGAGCCGGGUUGGUGCAAGCCAGCCGAUGGGUCAGCGAAGGUUACACGACUCUCGACGGACUGCUGCAGAAAGCCAAGCUCACGCAAAAUCAGCGCAUCGGCAUCGAGCACUACACAGACUUUAACUCGCGUAUUCCUCGAGAAGAAGUCGCAGAGCAUGGUGCCGUGGUACGGAAAGCACUCCAGGAGAUUGACCCUGCAUUUGAGGUCAUCAUAGGUGGUUCAUACCGCCGUGGCUCGAAGGACUCUGGAGAUAUCGACUGCAUCAUCACCCGGCCGAAUACCAAUGCUGACCACUUGCGAAACGUGGUUCUCGGGCAAGUGGUGCCGCAACUUACUGCAAGCGGCUUCCUCGUUGCUAGUCUUGCAAUCACGUCUCGGGACGAUGGGAGCAAAUGGCAUGGCGCUUCGUGCCUGCAUGGCUCAGUUGUAUGGAGACGGCUCGAUCUGCUGUUAGUGCCGGCCGAUGAGCUUGGUGCAGCACUGAUUUACUUCACUGGGAACGACAUAUUCAAUCGCAGCCUACGCUUAUUGGCAAGCACGAAAGGGAUGCGGCUGAACCAACGUGGACUUUACCGCGACGUCAUAAGAGGACCGAAGCGUGUAAAGCUCACGGAGGGUACGCUUGUGGAAGGGAAAGACGAGAAGAAGAUCUUCGAGGCACUUGGAGUCACUUGGCGCCCACCUAGUCACAGGAUUUGUUAG